CCAAGGGAGGCUCACUGGUCCCAGCGGCGCUCCGGCCAACUCCCGACACCCCGGCACCCAAAGGAGCGAGUCGUGCAGCGACGCGGCUGAUCCGGCCCAGCCAUGGACCGGAAGGUGGCCCGAGAAUUCCGGCACAAGGUGGAUUUCCUGAUUGAAAAUGAUGCGGAGAAGGACUACCUCUAUGAUGUGCUGCGGAUGUACCACCAAACCAUGGACGUGGCAGUGCUUGUGGGAGACCUGAAGCUGGUCAUCAAUGAGCCCAGCCGCCUGCCGUUGUUUGAUGCCAUCCGGCCCCUGAUCCCGCUGAAGCACCAGGUGGAAUAUGACCAGCUGACCCCACGGCGCUCUAGGAAGCUGAAGGAGGUGCGUCUGGAUCGUCUGCACCCCGAAGGCCUCGGCCUCAGUGUGCGUGGUGGCCUGGAGUUUGGCUGUGGGCUCUUCAUCUCCCACCUCAUCAAAGGUGGCCAAGCGGACAGCGUCGGGCUCCAGGUAGGUGAUGAGAUUGUCCGGAUCAAUGGAUAUUCCAUUUCCUCCUGUACCCAUGAGGAGGUCAUCAACCUCAUCCGGACCAAGAAGACCGUGUCCAUCAAAGUGAGACACAUCGGCCUGAUCCCUGUGAAGAGCUCUCCUGAUGAGCCCCUCAAAUGGCAGUAUGUGGAUCAGUUUGUGUCAGAAUCAGGGGGCGGGCUGGGCAGCCUGGGCUCCCCUGGAAAUCGGGCCAGCAAGGAGAAGAAGGUCUUCAUCAGCCUGGUGGGCUCCCGGGGCCUUGGCUGCAGCAUUUCUAGUGGCCCCAUCCAAAAACCCGGCAUCUUCAUCAGCCAAGUGAAGCCUGGCUCGCUGUCUGCAGAGGUGGGGCUGGAGCCGGGGGACCAGAUUGUGGAAGUCAAUGGCAUUGAUUUCUCCAACCUGGACCACAAGGAGGCCGUGAAUGUGCUGAAGAGUAGCCGCAGCCUGACCAUCUCCAUUGUAGCCGGAGCUGGCCGGGAGCUGUUUAUGACAGAUCGGGAGCGGCUGGCAGAGGUGCGGCAGCGUGAGCUACAGAGACAAGAGCUGCUGAUGCAGAAGCGGCUGGCCAUGGAGUCCAACAAGAUCCUCCAGGAACAGCAGGAGAUGGAGCGGCAAAGGAGAAAGGAAAUUGCCCAGAAGGCAGCAGAGGAAAACGAGAGAUACCGGAAGGAGAUGGAGCAGAUCGUGGAGGAGGAAGAGAAGUUUAAGAAGCAGUGGGAAGAGGACUGGGGCUCAAAGGAACAGCUCCUCGUGCCUAAAACCAUCGCCACCGAGGUGCAUCCAAUUUCCCUUCGCAAACCAAAGUCCUUUGGGUGGUUUUACCGUUACGACGGCAAAUUCCCAACCAUCCGGAAGAAAGGCAAAGAUAAGAAGAAAGCCAAGUAUGACAGCUUGCAGGAGUUGAGAAAGAAUAAGAAGGAACUGGAGUUUGAGCAAAAGCUUUACAAAGAGAAGGAGGAAAUGCUGGAGAAGGAAAAACAGCUAAAGAUCAACCGGUUGGCCCAGGAGGUAUCUGAGACCGAGAGGGAAGACCUUGAGGAAUCCGAAAAGACUCAGUACUGGGUGGAAAGGCUUUGUCAGACGCGACUUGAGCAGAUUUCCUCUGCUGAUAAUGAGAUCCCAGAGAUGACCACAGGACCCCCGCCUCCCCCACCUUCCGUGUCCCCCCUGGCCCCACCCUUGAGACGCUUCGCAGGUGGCCUGCACCUCCACACCACUGACCUGGAUGACAUCCCCUUGGACAUGUUCUACUAUCCCCCCAAGACUCCCUCAGCCUUACCUGUGAUGCCCCACCCUCCACCCUCCAACCCUCCUCCCAAGGUUCCCGCACCCCCUGUGCUUCCAUCCUCAGGCCACAUGAGUGCCUCAUCCUCACCCUGGGUACAGCGCACUCCACCCCCCAUCCCCAUCCCACCCCCUCCAUCCAUCCCCACCCAAGACCUCACUCCUACCCGCCCAUUGCCCUCGGCGCUGGAAGAGGCGCUGGGCAACCACCCAUUCUGUGCUGGGGACGUGGGCAAUGGAUCAGAGGACUGGGAGGCAAAGAACCAUGGUGGGAAGCCCAGCAGCUCCCCUGCCCCUGAACGGAGCUUCCCACCUACCACAAAGACAUUCUGCCCAAGCCCGCAGCCCCCACGGGGCCCUGGCGUGUCCACCAUCUCCAAACCUGUCAUGGUCCACCAGGAGUCCAACUUCAUCUACAGGCCAGCUGUGAAGUCUGAGAUCCUGCCGCAGGAGAUGUUGAAGAGGAUGGUGGUUUAUCAGACUGCAUUCCGACAAGAUUUCCGGAAAUAUGAGGAAGGCUUUGACCCCUACUCCAUGUUCACCCCAGAGCAGAUCAUAGGGAAGGACGUUCGGCUCCUGCGCAUCAAGAAGGAGGGAUCCUUAGACCUGGCCCUGGAAGGCGGUGUGGACUCCCCGAUCGGAAAAGUGGUCGUCUCGGCUGUGUACGAGGGGGGAGCAGCUGAGCGGCAUGGUGGCAUUGUGAAGGGGGAUGAGAUCAUGGCGAUCAAUGGCAAGAUCGUGACGGACUACACCCUGGCAGAGGCGGAGGCCGCCCUGCAGAAGGCCUGGAAUCAAGGCGGGGACUGGAUCGACCUCGUGGUUGCCGUCUGCCCCCCCAAGGAGUACGAUGAUGAGCUCUCUUCUCUUCCCUCCUCUGCAGCCGAAAGCCCCCAGCCGGUCCGAAAGCUCCUUGAAGCCGGUUCUCCCGUGUACAGACACGGGUUUCUCCUGCAGCUGGAGCCCACGGACUUUCUUCUAAAGUCUGGAGAGAGAAAGCAAUUUCACCCCUAGAAAAUGUGAGCCUGGACCUUGCCCUUCAACACAAAGCCUGCCGUCCGUCUUGCAAGUCCGCCAGCAGGUGUCCCUGAAACUCAGCAGCAUCCAGGAAUUUCCAGCCCUGUGGCCCAGAAUGCUGGCUGGACAAGGAAUACCUCAGGCCGCUCUGCUGAAGACCAGCACAGAAGGAAGGGAGUAGCCUGUCUUUCCGGCCCAGGACUCUGGCCUCUCUCAGCUCUGGGGACCCCUCCCUUGAGCCUCCUAUAGGACCCCAGCCUCUCUCUUCUCUCCAUCGUCCCUCUAACCUGUCUCCAGCUGUAACCGCUGCUGCAACUGUACUCCAAGCUCAUUGAUAACAUAAACAAGUUUUUUGUGCAGCCUAUCGGAGUCAAUUCAAGACUGUCCAAUAAAAAAAUCUUAAGGUUUCGGCUGCUA